AUGGAAUGCGUCGCAUUCGGCCCUCAAGAUUCUUAUGUGGUUGUUCCCACGAGUGAGGACUUUUUAAGCUUCGGACAAGGAGAACUUUCUCUUUCGUGGCUUCAGGACCAGAGCUCAAUAUCACAUGCGGCUUACUCGGGCGACGAUGGCUACUUCGCUCGCUACGAAGAUGGUCGUUCCGAAUGGAGACUCCAUCCCAAACUGGGGAAGCUAAUCAAAAGAGAAGGUGUGGAAUGGAUUAUAUUUGGUUCUGACGACAGUUACAUAUUCAAAUCUGGCUCAGGACAGCUUCACUGGUACAAUUUGCCAGAUGCACUCGAUCGGCGGCUGAAGUCAUCGCGACCCUCGGAUGAACUUGUCUCUGUGGGAUUAGGGUCCAACGGCUCUUAUGUUGCAAUUUUCCCGACUGACUUCAUCUGGCACGAUGGCGUGCCUGACAACCUUGCGCACAUUCUGCAAACAGGCAAACUUCCCGGAGACAAGAAGGCGACCGUCGAGACGCUUGAUGCAGUGUGGCUGUCGGCCUAUGAUGAUCGCUUCUACUUGGAGUACAAUGGAGGCGCGGCGUACUGGAGCGGCUUAGACUCCUAUUUCGCUACCAUGAUGACAUGCGACGCAAUGCUGAACCCACUUGAGAUUUCGUACACGCAGGAUUCUAUAUCAGCCAGCUUCGCGGAUGGCAAAUCCAUAUACGAUGCUGCGAAGUCCCUGAACAACCACACAAUGCAAAUAACAGACUUUCCCAUGAUCAACGUCUUUGAGCACGCCGGCCGCUACUUCAGCAAGAACAACCGGAGACUCUGGGCGUUCCGCAACUCCGGAGUGAGAUUCGCCCCGGUGCGCAUCAUCGCGAAGCCUUCGGAUCUCGACAACUUCACCCAGCGGAAAGAGAUCUACAUUCGCUACAAAUGA